UGAAUCUGUAAGCAACCUUCGAAUUCUUUUUUCCUAUUUGCCGAUGAACUCUAGUAAGGAUGGGAGAUGGAAAUAUAUUUAAGGAGCGAGUAUGUUCACCCUUAUGAACACGACAUUCCCCUGCCCAGGUAAAAAGGAAAUAAAGCACGGCUAAAUCCUCACAAUGGGCGUCUUCACAACCAUCUUCUCUUCUGCACUAGUGCUUGUUGCCCUCACAGCAGUCGCCGAGGCCGGAGGCUACGGGGGCGGGCAUCAAUACAGCUAUGCUCAGUUCCAGCAGCCCCAGAUGUACGCCUACUACCAGCCACCCCGCGUCCAGUACUACACCACCGGAGUUGGAUACGGUGCCGGUUUGGGUGCCGGUGCCGGUUAUGGACUGAACGCUGGUCUGGCCAACGCAGGAGGAAUCAGUGGAGGCAUUGCUGGCUCUAUCAUCCCCAUUGUCAUCAUCUUUGUAAUUCUGGCCAUCCUCGCCCCAGUACUGAUUGGAAGUCUCGUCUCUUCUAAUGACGUUGUAUUCGGAAGCAGUUAAGAACAGAUAUUGAUAGAGCUGGAAAAGGGAAAUCUUUUGACUGGCCCGUGUUUCACAUUUGUAUGUUACAUAAAAUCUGAUUAAAAUUCUUAUCAUAGAG